AUGAAUAUUUUUUUCGUCUAUACCGACCUCCAAGCUCUGACGGCCUUAGUAUUUAUAACAAUCACCGACCUUAUGGCACUGGUGAAAGUGUACUAUUUUGUUCGUAACAUGAAGCAACUCAAGAAUUUGAUGGUGACUUUAGAUGAAAAAUUAUUUCAACCGAAACACCUCGAUCAGAAAUUUGUCUUCAUCUCUGGGUUAAAGUUCUGGAAGUUCACCUACGUGUUUUAUCAUUUUCCCGUUGUCCCCACCGUGUCUGCCUGGGCUGUUUAUCCCGUACUUGAUGGCUCAGCGAAAGACUACAGACUGCCAUUUUCGGCAUGGUAUCCUUACAACACGAAAAUCUCUCCUUUUUACCAGAUUACUUAUAUCUACCAAAUUGUGUCUAUUUGGUUUAUGGCCUUUGCAGCCUUAAACAUGGAUACUUUAAUGGCUGCACUCAUGAUGUUCGUUGGUGCCCAGUGUGACAUUUUGGCAGAUAACGUUAAAAAUUUGGGUCACACAGAGUAUAACACCAAUUUAUUAGAAUGUGUGAAGCAUCACAAAAAAAUUCUAAGUUUUGCUGCAGAUUGUAACAAAUUUUUCGAUAAAAUUGCUUUGGGUCAGUUUUUCACUAGUGCGCUUACUUUGGCUUUGACUAUGUUUCAGUUAACUGUGGUUGCACCUUUGAGUAGUGAGUUCUAUUCUCUGUUGUUCUACACGGGUGCGAUGACCACUGAAAUAUUCCUGUACUGCUGGUUUGGAAAUGAGGCAGAAAUUAAGUUCAGUAUUAACAACAAAAUGGAUAAAUUCGACUGGAAGUUGGUAAUAAAAGCCAAUAUUGUUUCUUUAAAAGUGUUAGGAUUAUGGCCAGAGGGCAACGAAGAUUACAAGAAAAAUCUGUACACGUUGUACGCUUUUAUCUCGCUGAAUCUCUUCAUCAACGGCCACAACUUUUUCCAAGCAAUGAACAUUUUCUUCGUUUACACCGAUCUCGAAGCUCUGACGGCCAUAAUAUUUAUAACAAUAACCGACGUUUUGGCUUCCAUCAAAGUGUAUUAUUUUGUUCGCAAUAUGAAGCAGCUCAAGAACUUGAUGGUGACUUUGGAGGAAAAAUUAUUUCAACCGAAACACUUCGAUCAGAAAUUUGUUUUCAUGUCUGGGUUAAACUUCUGGAAGUUCACUUACGUCGUUUAUCAUUUUCCUGUUGUUCCCACUCUGUCCAGUUGGACUGUUUAUCCUGUGGUUGAUGGUUCGGCGAAAGAUUACAGACUGCCGUUUUCGGCUUGGUAUCCUUACAACACGAAAAUUUCGCCUUUUUACCAGAUAACGUAUAUCUAUCAAGUUCUGUGUAUUUGGUUUUUGGCGCUAGCUACUUUAAACAUGGAUACUCUGAUAGCUGCACUGAUGAUGUUUGUUGGUGCCCAGUGUGACAUUUUGGCAGAUAAUGUGAAAAAUUUGGUCCACGCAGACUAUGGCACCAAUUUGUUAGAAUGCAUGCAUCAUCACAGAGAGAUUUUAAGUUUUGCCGAAGAUUGCAACAAAUUUUUCGAUAAAGUUGUUUUGGGCCAAUUUUUUACGAGUGCACUUACUUUGGCUUUGACUAUGUUUCAGUUAACUUUGAUUGCACCUUCAAGUAGUGAGUUCUAUUCUUUGUUAUUCUACACGACUUCGAUGACAACGGAAAUAUUCCUAUAUUGCUGGUUUGGAAAUGAGGUGGAAAUUAAGGUAGGAGACAUGUUUUUAAUGAAAUUGUAA